UGAAGGGCGUCUGAUUCUAAUCUGUCACGUCGGCUAGUGGUUGAACAAUGGAGCAACAACAAAGAAAAGCUGUUUCGGUUCCUUUGCUUGAAUCUUCUAGUUCGACGGGAACAGCUUCCUCGGCUCAAACACUAGGAAAUAUUAUAGUUUCCGUUGUUGGGACCGGCGUUUUGGGGCUCCCUUUCGCCUUCAGAGUUGCCGGUUGGCUUGCCGGGUUGCUUGGCGUUUUCAUUGCUGCUGUCUCCAGCUACUACUGCAUGCUUCUCCUUAUUCAAUGCAGGCAAAAGUUGGCAUCAGAAGAAGAAUCAGUGGAAGUGAAAACCUAUGCCGACUUGGGUUAUAAAUGCUUGGGAAGAACAGGUGGUUAUCUAUCAGAAUUCCUCAUUUUGAUUUCCCAAUGUGGAGGUUCAGUGGCAUAUCUAGUGCUCGUUGCACAAAACCUUUCCUCAAUAUUCAAAGGCCAUGGCCUCACCAUGGCGUCUUACAUAUUUUUAUUGGUGCCAAUUGAAAUUGGCUUGUCAUGGAUAGGCAGUCUAUCAGCUCUAGCACCUUUUAGCAUCUUUGCCAAUAUUUGUAAUGUGUUAGCAAUGGCAAUUGUGGUGAAGGGGGAUGUACAGCAAGUGGUAGGAAGUGAAUUUUCGUUUAGAGAUCGGACGGCAAUCACAUCCUUAGGAGCAUUACCAUUCGCAGGAGGGAUGGCGGUUUUCGGGUUUGAGGGGUUUGGGAUGACAUUGGCCUUGGAAGCCUCAAUGAAGGACAAAUGCACAUUCCCUAAGCUGCUGGCAAAGGCUUUCACUGGGAUAACCCUUGUGUAUUUUUUGUUUGGAUUUUUUGGUUACAUGGCCUACGGCGAACAGACUAAAGAUAUUAUCACUCUUAAUCUGCCCCAUAAUUGGUGGACUAUAGCAGUUCAGAUUGGCCUGUGCUUGGGAAUAAUCUUCACAUUCCCAGUCAUGGUACAUCCAAUUAACGAGAUUGUGGAAGCAAAUUUAGAAAAGGGGAAAUGGAUUCAGAAGCUCCUCCGCAGAAGUGAUUAUUCAACAACAAGAAUAGGGAAGUUUGCAAUGUAUAUGAGCCGUGCAAUUUUGGUGGUCAGCUUGGUGGUCUUGGCCUCGUGCGUGCCAGGGUUCGGUAUGUUCGCCUCGCUCGUGGGAAGUACUGUAUGUGCACUGAUCUCAUAUGUUUUGCCAGCCUCAUUUCACCUAAUAUUAUUUGGUUCUUCUCUGCAUUUCUAGCAAAAAGCCUUGGAUUUUUGCAUCUUGUCAUGUGGGCUGCUUUUCGCCGUUUAUGGUACUUAUAACAGUAUAGUAGGAAUUUGAAGGGCAUUGGACCCAAAUCAUGCUCCAGUGGAGAGGCCUGCUUAUGAGACAGAGACACAUGGAUAAUGUACAAAGGAAACUGUCUUCAAAACAAUUUUGUCUUUCUUUUUGAUCUGGGUUUGAAGUAGAAAUACUGUCAAUACAUUCUCUUCUCCUUUAUUAGUGCUGUUUCUUGAAAAGAUAGACUUUAGAGGGAUCAGUUUCAAUCAA